AUGUGGCGGGUAUUCCGACCUCGCGCUGGCAUAACGAAUGCGAGCACCCUGGCUGUUCGAGCAGUCGCGCCACAAAUUCCCAGCCAACAGACAGUCAUAGUACAGAGGGUCAAACUUUCAAAACCUAGAUUCAGGGCCGGAACAUUUCUCAUCGGAGCAGGCAUUUCGCUUGCGUGUUGGCACAUUUACUGGUCCACCGUUUUAAAUCCCUUCUUCCGACAUGUAGACCGAGAAUACGAGAAGCUGUCACCGGCCGAAAAGAAGGCGCUCGACGAAGAGAUAGCAGAGGAGGAGGCCGAACCCUGGUUUAUUCCAUUCCCUUUCACGACAAAGUCCGUCAACCAACCGCCGUACAAAGGCAGCGACCCCGAGUGGCAAGAGUUCGUUAAGCUCAGCAAGCAAAAGGGAACUCUGACCCAAAUCCGCUCCGAUCUGGCCAGCUGGGUAAAGUCCUCGGUCGAGAGGCACCCUGUAAUCACAGCCAGAUGUGGCAACUCAGUAAAGCUUCGUAGAUAUUGGUUGGAUAUUGACUUCCCAUACCGUCCACCACCGGUCUUUUACUCUUCAGGAUUACUGCUACAAGGCGAUGGACUGUACUGGUCAACUCAGCCCGUUGAUUCUUUGACUGUCAAACGCCUACAGAAGAUACUUUGGCCGGAUGCUAUGGCUGUGUCAUCGUGGGCUUUUACGAGUGCGUUGGUAAAACAACACUACAUGGACAUUUCCCGAGCCCUUGGCUUCGAGUCAAGCAAGCCUCUUCAACCAUUUCCAUCAGUCAGCGGUGGCAACAUGCAACAAAAAGCCCAGGGGCCUCUUCCGUCCGCCAACAGACAGACUCCUGAUGGCACGCCGGCAGAGAAUGCCUCUCACAACGUCAGCAAGACAACGGACGCAUCACAGGCAGAUGAGCCUGAGAGCGGCGGCAAAACCAACUUCGUCAGGGACACUGCUAUAUCCCAUAUAGAGGGGAUGAAGCAAAUAACCGACGGCCCUGCAAGAGAAUUUCGACGGAAACUGGCGCAGUCUUGGAAGCCUACGCGACCGUCUCCUCCGCGUGGCUGCAUUCUCGUUUCGGGCUUCGUCGAAUGUGAGCUACCCAAGGGGUUCGUGCUGAUCGACGUCUGGGGAUUCUGGAAUCCCAAGACGGAGACCUUUGAGACUAAAUCAACAUUUAUGAAUGUACGGAGGGUACAGAUGAAGCAACAAUCACCUCGGCGGGGCUAA